ACGUGCAAGGAGGGUGUGGGGAAAGGAACGGAAGCUUCUGGGUCUGAGAGAGGCGAUUUCACAAGGGAGAUCUCAAUUCUGAACCGGAAUUAGGGCUUUGUUUUCAUUAUCUUCACUCUGCAAUGUCUUCUCCCGCUGAGUUUUAUCACUCUCUUCCGCCUAUAACCAAGGCUUAUGGCACCAUUUGCUUGUUGACUACCGCUACUUAUCAUCUGGGUUUAUGCCCUCCUGUUCUCAUUGCACUGUUAUACGAACAAGUGUUCUAUCGUUUUCAGGUUUGGAGGCUGUUCACGAACUUCUUUUUCCUUGGACCAUUCUCUAUCAAUUUUGGGAUCCGUCUCUUAAUGAUAGCAAGGUAUGGUGUCCAACUUGAGCAGGGACCAUUUGACCGACGAACUGCUGAUUUCUUGUGGAUGAUGAUAUUUGGUGCCUUUUCACUGUUGGUUUUGUCUGCUAUCCCCAUAUUUUGGUCCCCAUUUUUGGCAGUACCACUUGUUUUUAUGCUCCUUUAUGUUUGGAGUAGAGAGUUUCCAAAUGCCCAAAUCAACAUAUAUGGACUUGUUGCACUUAAGGCCUUCUAUCUUCCAUGGGCGAUGCUUGCUUUGGAUGUCAUUUUUGGCUCACCUCUUAUACCUGAUCUCUUAGGUAUCAUUGCAGGACAUCUGUACUACUUCUUGACAGUGUUACAUCCACUAGCAGGUGGAAAAAACAUUUUGAAGACUCCAAUGUGGGUACAUAAAUUGGUUGCAAGGUGGAGAAUUGGAGCGCGACCGAUUACCCGUGGGCAGCCUACUAAUGACCCACAGCAAGAGAGGGGCUCGGGAGUUGCUUUCAGGGGAAGAUCCUAUCGAAUUAGUGGAUAGAUGUAAUAAGGGGCUUGAGUUUACCUGAUCAUCUUCCCUUAUUGGUUGGUGACAUGACACCACUGACAAAUAGGCUAAAAUCAGUUGAGAAUUAGAAUGGGAACAGUGUAUGAAAUUUGACGGUUCAUUGAAAAGCAAACUUUCUUUUGAGGGCGCCUUACAAUUUUCAAUGGUUUCUCUGAGGAGCUUUUACUUGUAAGAAAAAAAGAGUUGGUAAAAGUUUAUGAAUUAAUUGUCAAAUGUUCAUUCUAAAUUCAUUUCUUUGCCUCACCUUCCAGAG